AUGAUCGUGAGCACGGGGAUCAGGCUGUUUCUCCGCCGAAUGGCCCGCAGUCGUGGUGUACGGAUUGUUGUUCUCCUCGCCAUGAUUGUCAAUUUCCUCGAAACUUUCUCUAUAUAUAAUAGAAUAGCGCAGAUUGACAAAUCUUCGCCAAUGGUACACACAUACAGCAAGACUGAGCGCAUAUAUAUUGCGAGCAUGCACUUCAACAAUGAAGAACUGCUGCGUAACCACUGGAAUCGGGCACUUCUGGAGCUAGUAGCUGCUCUCGGCGAAAAGAAUGUCUUUGUCAAUAUAUAUGAGAGCGGUAGUUGGGACGACACCAAAGGUGCAUUGGCAGAAUUGGACGCUCUCCUGGAGCACAGGGGUAUCGAAAGGCGCGUGGAAGUGUCUAACACUACGCACCUCGAUGAGAUUGAAAAUCCAAUCAAGGCAGAUGGCUGGAUACAUACAAAGAGAAGCAAAGAGAAAGAACUUCGGCGCAUACCCUAUCUUUCUAGGCUGCGCAACAAGACGCUCCAGGACCUGGCUAAACUGGCAGAAGAAGGGGUACACUUUGACAAGGUCUUGUUUCUUGGUGACGUAGUCUUCACGGUCGACGAUGUUCUGACGCUCAUGGCCACCAAUGGCGGCCGGUAUGCCGCGACUUGCUCCCUCGACUUUUCAAAGCCUCCAUUAUACUAUGAUACAUUUGCACUGCGCGACUCCAAAGGGCAAAGCCACAUUAUGCCGACAUGGCCUUACUUCAAGUCGAGAGGCUCGCGCAACGCCUUAAUGCAUUAUGAAGACGCGGUUUCUGUUGCUAGCUGCUGGAACGGAAUAGUCGUCAUGAAAGCCAAGCCGUUUACUUCGUCCGUAAAGUUGCGGUUCCGCGGGGUCCCUGACUCACUGGCAAAGUACCACGUCGAAGGUUCAGAGUGCUGCCUCAUCCACGCAGACAAUCCGCUCUCCAAGACCCUCGGCGUAUAUCUUAACCCACGCGUUCGCGUUGGCUACAACUACGCAGCAUACAAGGCAACACAUCCUGUCACGUCGUGGGCGUCACCAUGGAAGAUUUCAUAUGGCAUUUGGGCGAAUCGUAUAAGCCGAUGGACGACAGUCACAUUUGAGCGGCAGGUUAUCCAUCAUCGCGUGAAGCAGUGGAUGGAAGAGGAUGCUGCAAAUGCAGAGCCGGGGGUGUUUUGCUUGAUUAAUGAAAUGCAGGUUCUUGUUGAGAAUGGCUGGGCGCAUGUGUAG